UGUCGUUAAAUCCCCUUGUAAAAUUAGGGUUUGUCCGUUGGUUCAGAGCAUUUGGGAAGCAGCAAUGGUGAAGGGUAGGCAAGGCGAGCGCGUGAGACUCUACGUCCGCGGUACAAUCCUAGGAUACAAAAGGUCGAAGUCGAACCAGUAUCCAAACACGUCGCUGGUUCAGGUAGAGGGCAUGAACACUCAGGAGGAAGUGGCGUGGUAUCUCGGGAAGAAAUUGGCCUACAUUUACAAAGCCAAAGUUAAGAAGAACGGCUCUCACUAUCGCUGCAUUUGGGGCAAGGUCGCGCGCCCCCACGGCAACAGCGGCGUCGUUCGCGCCAAAUUCAAGUCCAAUCUCCCUCCCAAAUCCAUGGGAGCUAGAGUGAGGGUUUUUAUGUACCCAAGCAACAUUUGAAGUGAUCACCGCCACUCAAGCGUUGUGUUUUAGUUUUGUGACUAUGAAACAGUUCCAUGACUUAUAAUUUUGUUUUAGUUUUUGAAUCUGUUGCCAGAUUGCGUUCUUGUUCGUAAUGGCUGUUUUGGAUUUACCUAUUGCUGUUUGGUUUAGUUUUGUCAAGUUCGAAUAA